AUGCCUGCCGUUUACGGAUCUCGCCUCACCACCUUCGAGGAUUCCGAGAAGGAGAGUGAAUACGGUUACGUUCGCAAGGUAUCUGGACCAGUCGUGGUUGCUGAUGGAAUGGCCGGGGCUGCUAUGUAUGAGCUGGUGCGUGUUGGUCGUGACAAUCUCAUUGGUGAGAUUAUUCGUCUCGAAGGGGACUCUGCUACCAUCCAAGUCUAUGAGGAAACGGCCGGUUUGAUGGUUAAUGAUCCAGUGUUACGUACACACAAGCCUUUGUCCGUGGAGUUGGGGCCUGGAAUACUGGGAAACAUUUUUGAUGGAAUUCAGAGGCCUUUGAAAACUAUUGCUAAAAGAUCCGGUGAUGUGUAUAUUCCUCGUGGUGUCUCUGUUCCAGCACUUGACAAAGAUGCACUCUGGGAAUUUCAGCCUAAGAAAAUUGGCGAAGGAGAUCUAUUGACCGGUGGAGAUCUAUAUGCGACUGUUUUUGAGAACAGUCUAAUGCAACACCAUAUUGCACUUCCACCUGAUGCCAUGGGAAAGAUAACCUACAUAGCACCACCUGGCGAAUAUUCCCUGAAGGAUACUGUGUUGGAGCUCGAGUUUCAAGGUGUUAAAAAGAAGUUCACCAUGCUUCAGACCUGGCCUGUACGUACACCAAGGCCUGUUGCAUCAAAACUUGCAGCUGAUACUCCUCUUCUUACUGGUCAGCGAGUUCUUGAUGCCCUCUUCCCCUCUGUUCUUGGUGGGACUUGUGCCAUCCCUGGAGCUUUUGGUUGUGGUAAAACAGUCAUCAGUCAAGCUCUUUCUAAGUAUUCCAAUUCCGAUGCUGUUGUUUACGUUGGUUGUGGGGAACGUGGAAAUGAAAUGGCUGAAGUUCUGAUGGACUUCCCACAACUUACAAUGACAUUGCCUGAUGGCCGUGAAGAAUCUGUGAUGAAGCGAACAACGUUAGUGGCUAACACUUCAAAUAUGCCAGUCGCUGCUCGUGAAGCUUCAAUUUAUACAGGAAUCACUUUAGCUGAGUAUUUUAGAGAUAUGGGUUACAAUGUCAGUAUGAUGGCAGAUUCAACAUCUAGAUGGGCAGAAGCGUUGCGUGAAAUCUCUGGACGUCUGGCAGAAAUGCCUGCUGACAGUGGAUAUCCUGCUUACCUUGCCGCGCGUUUAGCCUCUUUCUAUGAACGUGCUGGAAAAGUAAAAUGCCUUGGAGGUCCUGAACGAACAGGUAGUGUCACAAUUGUUGGUGCUGUUUCUCCACCCGGAGGAGAUUUUUCAGAUCCUGUGACAUCUGCAACUCUCAGUAUUGUUCAGGUUUUCUGGGGGUUGGACAAAAAGCUUGCUCAAAGAAAGCACUUUCCCUCUGUGAACUGGCUUAUUUCUUAUUCAAAGUACUCAACGGCACUUGAAUCCUUUUAUGAGCAAUUUGAUCCAGAUUUUAUCAACAUUAGGACAAAGGCUCGUGAAGUACUGCAAAGAGAAGAUGACCUGAAUGAAAUUGUUCAGCUUGUAGGCAAGGAUGCUUUAGCUGAAGUGGAUAAGAUCACCUUAGAAACUGCAAAACUUUUGAGAGAGGAUUAUCUUGCUCAAAAUGCCUUUACACCAUAUGACAAAUUCUGUCCCUUCUACAAGUCUGUUUGGAUGAUGCGCAACAUUAUCCAUUUCUACAAUUUGGCGAACCAGGCAGUAGAGAGGGGAGCUGGUACAGAUGGUCAAAAGAUCACCUACACUGUUAUCAAGCAUCGAUUGGGAGAUCUCUUCUAUCGUUUAGUGUCUCAGAAAUUUGAGGAUCCAGCAGAAGGUGAAGCUGCUUUGAUUGACAAAUUUAAGAAAUUACAUGAGGACCUCACUAAUGGUUUCCGCAACCUUGAGGAUGAAGCCCGAUGAUUGAAGAUUUUCAGCCUUGCUCAGAGGAUAGUGUUAUUUGAUAGUUCUAUAAGAGGAAUCAAGAUCCAGUGUCAGCAAUGUCAUGAAUUUUCUCGCACUCUACUUAGAUUCGUUCAUUUCAUAUCUCUUUCCUGGUGCUGGUUUGGCUUUUCGUCUAGUUGCUUGUGCAGCUGUAAUCAUGUCCCCCCGUUAUUUAUUGAUAAUAAGAGAUGAUGCUUGUUCUUUCAGUAUGUAUUUAGGUGAAUAAAAUUAUUUUUGAGAAUGAAGCGGCUGUGACUGCGGGUAUAUGUGGAUCACUAUGGAUUUAAGAGAUGGACCCUGCUGGGACAUGAAACUUUCUGAAUGAUGUGUUUUCUUCGAUGGAUUCUACCUUGUAGCAAUGAAUGAGUAUUUGAUAGAACCCGGAACUUCUCAGUAGCGCA